CAACCAUCUGGCGAUUCGACCACCCCAUCACACAUAUCAGCGCAUAUGUGUGUGUCAAACGAACAACAAAGUUGGAUCUGGCUUUGUAUUUUCUUGAUUUUAUUAACCUCCUUCCUGUUACUCUUCAUUUGGCGCCGGAAAUUGCUAAAGAUUCUGAGGCAAAUACAACGAGAGGAUAUCAUUUCUUAUUGGCGGCGUAUCAUGGAUUACGUAAAGCCCGCCACUACUUGCCCUUUUCGAUCAGGGCCAUUAUCUCUACACAUAUCACCUGUCACAGAUCUGUUUCCAAUGGGCAAUAGCCCAGAGCUUUGCGGAGACAAUUGUUACUCAAACCCAAUCUCUGUUCAAAAUUUCGAAAAUUACGUUAAGGAAUCCAUCAUUACCGGUCAAUUGAAAUCACAAUUCAUGAUGUUUCCAAGAGGUCUGAGUGAUAAGAGGCGACACAAGUAUGGAUCGCUGCUAGAAAACAAAAUCAAAAAUAGAUAUGCGAACAUCAUACCAUAUGACGAUACAAGAGUGAUCCUGAAAAAAAAUCCGGGCAUUCCUUGCUCCGACUACAUCAACGCGAAUUACGUAGAGGGCCUCGACAAAGAAAAGUAUUAUAUCGCGGCUCAAGGUCCCAAGCCAGAGACCAUCGAGGAUUUCUGGCGAAUGGUUUGGCAAGAGGAAUCCUCCGUGAUUUGCAUGCUGGCGAAUAUAGUCGAGAGUGAGAAGAUUAAAUGCACGCAGUAUUGGCCAGAAUUUGGAAGCCGCGAAACUUACGGUGUCAUCACUGUAUUCAUAGAGAGUCAGAAAGUAUUUGCUGACUACACUUUCAGAACCUUUUGUAUCAGUCAACAAGGGGAAAAGCGAAAAAUCGAGCAUCUGCAUUAUACGGGAUGGCCGGAUCACAAGGUGCCUCUGUACGUGCAUUCCGUGAUUGCAUACUUGAAGAAGGUGCUCAGAACGCCCGUCGGAAGAGGACCCAUAAUUGUUCACUGCAGUGCAGGUGUCGGACGAACAGGUACACUUAUACUGUGCGACAUCUGCCUGCGACAGGCCGCUCAAACUGGGAUCGUCGACGUACUUGCGCAAUUUAAAAAACUUCGUGACUGUCGCUUGAACAUGGUAGACACUGAAAUGCAAUACGUGUUUGCUCACAUUGUCAUGGCCGAAUACUUGGCCGCACAACCUACGGAGAUACCAUGCAACAAUGAUUUGCCCCUGGCUAUAGAGAGUAUAAAGGAAAAAUUACCGCAGCACAUAGAAAGGCUUAGUAACACCGUUUGGCAAGAUGAGACGCUGUGUCCGUGGAUGAGAUCCUUGCCACCACUUCCAGAACACCUCGUGAAAAACAGAUACCCGGAACUUGCACCAGACUGUUCCAAUCUGGUCUACCUAUCACGUAAUCGAGCGCACAACUACGAUGAUUACAUCAGCGCGGUCACGGUCGAUGGAUUUAAAUUCAAGAAGCAAUUCCUCGCCUCCCAAUUACCCAUGGCUUCGACGAUUUCAAACCUCUGGAGACUAAUUGCUGAGCAGAAGGUGGAGCUGGUUAUCAUUUUGCAAAAACCUGACCCCGACGAUCCCACAUGCUGUGACGUCAUGAUGAACAAAGAGUCGUUCAAUCCUGUACCCUCCUUGAAUGUGGCAGUGAAAACAAGCUCAGACCCAACGAAAUCUUUUCACAUCAACGAGGUUCUACUCACCGACGAGUCAGGGAGUUCGUCAGAGUUUCGUCAAGUUACAGUGUUGACAUGCACGGAAUGGGGUUUAGGACGUGGUGGAAAACCGCCACCGCCAGAAGAUCUGGUUAGCUUCUGGAUAAUAUCGGAGGAUAUUCAUCGAGAACAAGGGCCAACGCUGGUUCUUUGUCACGAUGGCGUUACCGGCUGUGGUCUCUACUUGGCGUUGAGUUUUGUCUUGGAAAGAAUGUCCGUCGAACGAGAAUGUGACAUCAUUUUAGCCGUUCGAGCUGUUCGUCGGGCAAGACCGUGUUUUGUGCAGUCUCAGGAACAAUUCGAAUACUUAUACGACGCCGCAGCGGAGUACAUCAAGUCCUUCGAGACGUACGCCAACUUUGAUUGAUUUGUCAAGUUACAAUCAACUACAGUAUAAUAAUACUGUCAGUAAAUACUACAUCAAUAAACAUACAUCAUUAUACAUCACAAUUAUUUCAACAGCAAAAUUUUAGAUGAAACAUAUUAGACUGUGGCGUAUCGAAUACUCAACCGAAAAAAAGACCGAAUAUACUUAAUUUUGUUUCAGUAUUUAUAAUGACUGACCGUCUCAGAAUAAUGCAAGUUCAUACGGUACCAUAUGCUUAAUCACGACAUAUUUUUGCUGUCGCUGAGAGAUAUCAAGACCACAUCAAAAUCUUGAGUUCAUUUCUUUUACGUAUUAUAUGAUCAUGUUAUAUUAUAAGUAUUUCUUCUAUAAAAUAUAAUGCCUCGUUUUUCUAUCAAGAACAAAGCGAAAAUCCCUACACCCCAGACGCACUUCUACGUAGUCCAAAUUUUGUCGCAACCGUCGAAAGAUUGGAAUUAUCUUUAAAAAAAAUCUACGUUCAUCUUGCAAGUAAAAAAUAUCGCAAUUCAAACAAUGCAAACACUGUGACCAACAAAUUCGCGGGAAUCAGUUUUUUUUUUUUGAUAAAUUUUCUUGCUAGUUUUCUUUUUUCGCGAAGAAAAAAAUCAGUUGAAUUAAUAAAAUGGACGAACAUAGACAGCCGAAUAGAAAAUUAAUCGCUACAACUCAACACUAGUUGACGUAUAAGUGACAACUAAUGUUUAAUUGCAGUGUUUAAAUAUUUAUUCAGCCGCCGGUUAUCGACGAUUUAGUUGAUAUAACUGAUUUUUUUCAGUGUGUGGUGAAUCUGAAAUUCAAAAAUUAUUCGACGAGUAGUUCAAGGUAACAGGUAAUAUUUUAGCGAGGGAGAUUAUGAUACAAGUAUCUCUGGGUUGUAAAGACAUUCAGAACGCGAUAU